CUCGGGCCCUGCCUUCCCGGUAGCUGCGGCUGUCUUUUCCGGCCCCCGCACCCCCUCCGCCUGUAGCGGACCCCUCUGGUUCGCGGGGACCACCCCCACGGCCGCCCGCUCCGGCCACCUGAACCACUCGUGGCCCCCUCCGCCUGCACCCAGCCAUGGCCAGCGAGAACUCACCUCUGCUGGCCUACCGGCUCCUGGGGGAGGAGGGGGCUGCCUUCCCUGCCAAUGGGGCUGGGGGAGCUGGUGGGGCGUCUGCCCGGAAGCUCUCCACCUUCUUGGGUGUGGUGGUGCCCACGGUCCUGUCCAUGUUCAGCAUAGUUGUGUUCCUGAGGAUUGGGUUCGUGGUGGGCCACGCUGGGCUGCUGCAGGCCCUGGCCAUGCUCCUGGUUGCCUACUUCAUCCUGGCCCUGACUGUCCUCUCUGUGUGUGCCAUUGCCACCAAUGGAGCUGUGCGUGGGGGUGGAGCCUACUUCAUGAUCAGCCGGACGCUGGGGCCCGAGGUUGGAGGCAGCAUUGGCCUGAUGUUCUACCUGGCUAACGUCUGUGGCUGUGCCGUCUCCCUGCUGGGGCUGGUGGAGGCUGUGCUCGAUGUCUUCGGGGCUGAUACCACAGGUCCCAAUGGGCUCCACAUCUUGCCCCAGGGCUAUGGCUGGAGCCUCCUCUAUGGCUCCCUACUGCUGGGCCUCGUGGGUGGGGUCUGCACGUUGGGAGCCGGCCUCUACGCUCGUGCCUCCUUCCUUACAUUCCUUCUGGUGUCCGGCUCCCUGGCCUCUGUGCUGAUCAGCUUUGUGGCAGUGGGCCCCAGGGACAUCUCCUUGACUCCUCGGCCUGGUCCCAAUGGCUCUUCCUUGCCACCCCGCGUCGGCCACUUCACCGGCUUCAACAGCAGCACAUUCAAAGACAACUUGGGUGGAGAACUGAAGGACCCCAGCCGGGCAAUUCCUCUGGGCACGAUUGUUGCCGUGGCCUUUACCUUCUUCAUCUACAUCCUGCUUUUCUUCCUCUCCAGCUUCACCUGUGACAGGACCCUGCUGCAGGAAGACUAUGGGUUCUUUCGCUCCAUCAGCCUGUGGCCCCCACUGGUGUUGAUUGGCAUCUAUGCCACGUCGCUGUCAGCAUCCAUGAGCUCUCUCAUCGGUGCCUCCCGCAUCCUCCACGCCCUGGCCCAGGACGACCUCUUUGGUGUGAUCUUGGCACCAGCCAAGGUUGUGUCGCGAGGGGGAAACCCUUGGGGGGCUGUUCUGUAUUCUUGGGGCCUAGUACAGCUGGUGCUUCUGGCUGGGAAGCUGAACACACUGGCUGCUGUGGUCACAGUCUUCUACUUGGUGGCCUAUGCUGCAGUGGACCUGUCCUGCUUGAGCCUGGAGUGGGCUUCGGCUCCCAACUUCCGCCCCACCUUCAGCCUGUUCUCCUGGCACACCUGCUUGCUGGGGGUGGCCUCCUGCCUGCUCAUGAUGUUUCUUAUCAGCCCUGGGGCCGCAGGAGGCUCCCUCCUGCUCAUGGGCCUGCUUUCUGCCCUGCUCACCGCACGAGGAGGCCCCAGCAGCUGGGGCUACGUCAGCCAGGCCUUGCUUUUCCAUCAGGUGCGCAAAUACCUGCUACGGUUGGAUGUCCGGAAGGAGCACGUGAAGUUCUGGCGGCCCCAGCUGCUGCUCCUGGUAGGGAACCCCCGGGGUGCCUUGCCUCUGUUGCGAUUGGCCAACCAGCUCAAGAAGGGGGGACUCUACGUCCUGGGCCAUGUCACCCUGGGAGACCUUGAUUCCCUGCCCUCGGACCCCGUGCAGCAGCAGUACGGGGCAUGGCUGAGCCUGGUGGACCGGGCCCAAGUGAAGGCCUUUGUGGACCUCACCCUCUCACCCUCGGUGCGUCAGGGGGCACAGCAUCUGCUGCGAAUCUCAGGCCUUGGUGGCAUGAAGCCCAACACGUUGGUCCUGGGUUUCUACGAUGAUGCUCCACCGCAGGACCAUUUCCUGACAGACCCAGCUUUUUCGGAGCCAGCUGACAACACCAGAGAGGGCGGGUCCCCGGCCCUGAGCACCCUGUUCCCUCCACCCCGGGCUCCUGGAAGCCCCCGGGCUCUCAGCCCCCAGGACUACGUGGCUACUGUGGCAGAUGCCCUCAAGAUGAACAAGAAUGUGGUUUUGGCCCGGGCCUGUGGGGCCUUGCCCCCCGAGCGGCUGACCCGGGGGGCUGGGGGCACCUCUCAACUGCAUCAUGUGGAUGUGUGGCCACUUAACCUGCUGCGGCCUCGAGGUGGGCCCGGCUAUGUGGACAUCUGUGGCCUCUUCCUGCUGCAGAUGGCAACCAUCUUGGGCAUGGUGCCUGCUUGGCACAAUGCCCGGCUUCGGAUUUUCCUGUGCCUGGGGCCUCGGGAGGCCCCCGGGGCUGCCGAGGGGCGACUUCGAGCACUAUUGAGCCAACUAAGGAUCCGGGCCGAAGUGCAAGAGGUGGUGUGGGGUGAGGGGGCUGGUGCUGGGGAACCAGAAGAAGAGGAAGGGGACUUUGUGAAUGGUGGGCUGGGAGAUGCCGAGGCAGAGGCCCUGGCAUGCAGUGCCAAUGCCUUGGUUCGGGCCCAGCAGGGGCGCAGCACAGGAGAAGGGCCUGGUGGGCCUGAGGGUGGGGAUGGCGAGGAGCGGCCCACCACUGCCCUCACCUUCCUCUACCUGCCUCGGCCGCCCGCGGAUCCUGCCCGCUACCCACAGUACUUGGCGCUGUUGGAAACUCUGAGCCACGACCUGGGCCCCACACUGCUCGUUCAUGGCCUCACUCCUGUUACUUGCACUGAUCUCUGAGGCCCGUUCCUGGGGGUGGGUGGAGAGGGCUCAGAUCUGUCGCUCAUACUGAUUAGUGAAUGAUGGGAAGAGAAGCACCGCCUCCUGCCAGUCCUGAGCCUAGUGGGGCUUCCAAGGGGAUCCUGGACUUCAGUGUCUUCCUCUCUCCUUUUGGAGAGGGACCCCAGUGCACUAAUGCAGGGCGGGUGUCCCCACCGUGCAGGGGUGGGAGCGCAAUCCCCCUGCCAGCCUCUCCCUUCACUGGUGCCUUGAUGGGAGGGGCUGGGUCCCCUCUGUGACUCCAGGCUACCUCAGUCUCCCCAUCCUCCACAGACUCACUGGCCCCCUGGGGUGGCGAUGUUUUCGUUUUAUUUUUCUAACUCUGCUGACCGUGAAUAAAAGAUCAAAACACUA